CAACUCUCUGAACGCAUCCUCAGGGAACUCUCCCUCUCCCUCACACAUGCACACGCGUUCGCGCGCGCACACGCACACUCACACGCACGGGCGCUCAUAUAGGAGGAUCCCGGCAGAGAGGCUGCCAGUGAACUGCAGAGCGCGCACCGGACCGGCUCGUUAACUUGUCCGCUUCUUCUCCUCCGUCCCCUUCGCUCUCGGGCAGCUUCAGUAGGAGCGACACAUCUGAACACCGGGUGAAGAAGAGACUCCUCCAGACAGCCUCAGACUGGUCGUCAUCGACUAGUUUUACUCCGGAGACUGCGGAUUUUUAUCCUUGAUCGUUUCCAGUGGAUACCGAGAGUGCGCACCGCCUCCCGGAGACAAACAAAGUCCACGGACACUAAAGUCUGCGGUUAUUUGCGCUACAGCUGGGAAAUAAAAGCCUCUGUCCGUGUGUCGGUCCGGCUGAUUUGUCUGCCCUCCCUCCGGCUUAACUGCACCGGUCAGACUUGGAAAGAGCAACAGCCUCCACCGGCGCAUCAGUGAGGUAGAAAAGCCCCACAUCAAGCUGCAACCAUGGAUGAGAUGGACCUGCCCCAGAUGAAGAAGGAGGUGGAGAGCCUCAAGUACCAGCUGGCCUUCAAACGAGAGAAGUCCUCCAAAACAGUCACUGACUUGGUGAAGUGGAUAGAGGACGGCGUCCCAGAGGAUCCCUUCCUGAACCCGGAGCUGAUGAAGAACAACCCAUGGGUGGAGAAAGGAAAGUGCAUCCUUCUUUAGAAGAAACCAACCAACCCUGCCACGACCUUUCGAGUAUAACCGCCCUGACCAACACACACCUACAGAUGAGCCCCCCACCCCCCCGAACCUGACCCUGCUGACCCGUCCUGCGAAAGCCACGACUGGACAGCGCCUCCUAACCUCUCACCGUGAAUGUACAACAGCUCAUAUCCCCCAACUUCCCUGAACACACACUCCAACAAGGGCACAGAAAAACACACUGACAGAGACACACAGUCAAACACUAUAAUUCCAAGAGUUUUGGGGUUUUUCUCUGACUGCCACACAUUCACUGCAAGUUUAAUCCUGCCACGGCAAUGCAUCAUCAUUACUAUACUAUAUGACGAUGAUGAUCAAUACUCUUAUUACAUGUAUAGAUAUAUGAUGACUUAUUUAUGCAGCUGCUAGUCACAAGCUUUCUCUCGUCACUUACAAUCUUUACUCUCGAUUGUGAGAAUUGCAGUUUUACUUCCUUUUUUUGGUGUUUUUUUCUCCAUCUCUGACGAGUUGUAAUAAACUGCAGAGUCACAUUCACACUGCCGGACAGCAGAUCCGCUGGGCUAAUUUGGCUCGUACAAAAUGAUCACUUUCGUAAAAAACCCAAAGCUAACUUUUGGUACUUUUUCAAUUGAAAGUUAAUAAAUGGUGUAAUACUGUGGUUUACAAAAGUGUUGACACCUGAUUGAAACUAUCUUAAACAGCCUAGAAUGAUGUUUAAUGAGAUGAUCAUUCAUUGGCUUACAGACUAGGGUUUGCCCCAAGAUAGAAAUCAGCCUUGCGCAACACGUUAGGACCCUGUGUACAUUACAAGGACAUUGAGACUGAUGAUUGUAGUGUAUAUGACCAUCUUCUCAAGUGUAUUUGCAUGCUUUAAGUUAAGCUAAGUUAAGAUGCUUGUUCGUCAUCAUAAAGCUUUUGGCUGCCGUGUACACUUCAUUACAAUUGUCACUGCUUCUUGGAUGUACUGGUUCUUUGACACCCGUGCUAACUCGAGUGUAAAUGGUCACUUCAUCCUCACUGAAGGCACUUCCUAUCCAACGCGGGGUCACUUGUAACAUCAUAUCCCCAUGAUGCAAGCCAUUCUAACACCAGAAAUUACUUUGUGACCAAUUUUAAGUCUUUAUAGGUUCUUAUGGUGCUAAUGUGUUUUUUGGUUACACAUACAACACCGUUGUUACAGGUCUUUUUGACAGAUAGGACAAGGGUUCGUUGUUAUGUGCAAACAGGCAUGUUAAUCGCGUAAAGGUUUCAGCGUGCUUGAAACGAACUAGCUCGUAGGCAGUGUCCAAAGUGUUUGUAGCUGUUUUCCCGAACUCACAGAGACAGCUGAGGCCUUUACACAGAAGACAGAACACACACGAGUUAAGAAGAGUUCAACUUGAUGGCAAAACUAACUCGCAGCUAUCCUCCCAGCGUGACUCCCACAGUUUUCAUACGUAGUUCGGAUUUCACACCACUUGCAAAGCAUGGUUCAUCAUAUUUACAUUCCGAGGACGGGAUCUGUAGCCAGCGUUGUUUUGCUUUCAAUGUCAUUAGGUCAGGAAAGUGUCAUAGCAGCUCUGUUUGUGUUAGCUAUGGGUCUCUCAAGGGGGUUUUGAGUUUACUGCUCCCUCUCCUCCUUAGCUACAGCCCCCAGGGACAACACACAAACACACACACGCACAUACACACACGCGCACAUACAGGCACUCAACAUGUAGAUGAAACCCUGCACACAUACGAUCUCUCACCACUCCACACAUGUACAGACGGACCCCUUUAACUUAUUAACUUAUUGAUCAAUCGGUAGUUUAUUUAUUUAUUUAUUUAUUGACGAGACAUUUUCUCUCACCUAGGUUUUUGUUUCCCAUGCCUGCACUCCCUCCUCCUCAUACCCCACCUCAAGAGAAAAAACAAAAAACAAAACAGAAAAUGACCAAAAAAUCGACUACACCUUGCCAGAUCACCAUCUACUACUGCCUUGUACACAGUUUCCUUAAAACAAGAAUGUAAAUAUGUGGCAUGAUCACCGCUGACCUCAGAACUGGCCUGCGUGUGCGUGCAUGCGACUGUAAUUGUGUGUUUAUGUGCAUAUUGUUUUUUUUUUCUUUUUUUUUUCCUCAAAAGAGUGCAUACGUUUGGACGGUAGGCUCCCUUGCAGAUUGUGAAAAGCACACACACAUUCACGUGCACACGUGCAGCUGUGUCACACACACAGGCAGGCCUGAGGCCGAGCAGAUCUACAAAAAUCGCACUCGCACACACACUGCAUAGUGAGAAUGUGUAUGAGGGGAGGAGUGGCAAGGAUGUGGGAUUUCUCUAAAUGACUCGGGACAGGGGAGCCUCACAUCAUCUCAGUACUGUAAUGAGUCUCAUUAUAUAGAUUUUCUUCAAGAUGACCCAGUUCCCUAAAGGCUACUCAGUGCUCAGAUGACAUUGGUCCUAUUAUGUGUAUCUGCAAAUAUUUAAUUUUCCUCUUUUUUUAAAAUUACUAUUUGGUCAGUGAUGUGCUAAUAAAGUGUUUUUUUUUUUAUUGAACAUGCCUGCAUCUAUCCAAGACUGUACUUCUUACUUCCUGUUUUUUUAAUUGUUGUUAUUAUUAUUAUUAUUGUAUUUAUUAAAAUACGCUUGGGGAAAACAGUAACAAAUGAAAAAGUAAAAACUGUACUAUUGUACCUGAAGUCAGGCCAGUGAAUUUAGGAUGUCCAGUACAACAUCAAGCAUAUAUGCAACAUGAUGACUCCAACUGAAGCCAUUUUAGAAGUCCCAAUGUUAGUUGAGAUGCACCCCUAUAUUUUGGAAAUGACCUUUUUUUGUUAUUUUUUUAAUAGUUUAGGUGUUGGAAAGUACAAUGUGUGUGAAUUAGCUGAAUGAUAUAUAGUCCCAGCAUUCAUGAUGAAUGCAUAGACUUCUAAAAUGGCUUCCAGGCUCUGAGCUUCAGAUUUGUAGCUUUUCCAGUGUUAGCUAAAAAUGUUGAUGUUAGGAUUCUGUGGUCCCAAACUUUUUUUUUUUUUAG